AUGGAAGGCCCCGGGAGGAGGUGGACAUUCAUUCACAGGGUGAAUUGGAAGGCGGGACCCGAGGGGGCAACCACACUGGUGGUAGCCUGGCGUCUCAAAGGGAAGUUGCUGCAACCCAUCUCCCAAGUUAAACCAUGUCCCCUUUUCCACCCUACAAAAGAAUUCCUGCUGUAUGGGAGCUUGGGGCUGGGAGGGCUCCUUCUCCUGCUUGUCACCAUCCUGUCCAUCUGCCUGUGCCGGAUCCAUCGGAGAGUGAAGAGACUGGAAAGGAAUAAGGGCCUGGUCCCAGGGCAGGAGCCCCACUAUGCAUCUCUGCAGAGGCUGCCAGUGUCCAGCAGUUAUGACACCGACAGAGGAGAAGGCGGAGGUGUGAAGGAGGAACCCAGCACUGACUAUGCCUGCAUUGCCAUGAGCAAACCCACCUGA